CCAUCAACCCCUUGCCUUUACAAGUUGAUGGUUCUUUAACUUGAAUAUCUUGUGACAGUUGAACUAAUUUUUUCAGGUACUCAAUUUUAGCAAGUGCAAAAUGGGAACUGUGGAGUUGGGCUCUUAAGAUAAAUGAUAUUCAUCAUUGCUUACAGAAGCAGAUUGACAAUUUCUAUGAAAUAGCAGCUUUAUUCCGGUGAUGUAUCUGACGUACAUUCCUCUUGCGAUUUACAUCAAAGAUGCAGAAAGUAAUUGAUUUGGAAGAAAAGAAGAUGCACUCAAAGCUUCUCCACAUGUUUGAGGAGGCCCAUGAAGAUAAUCAAAAAAUCCUUAGCACAUUAUUUGCUAUUAAGAAUGAACACCCUUUCUGGGAUUGUUCCUCACAGAGAAAGGUUGGCGUAACAGAGUUGAGAAAUAAGGAGGUUAUAUUUUUCAUCUCCCACCCGGUGAUACAACUAGAACAAUUUCUCCUUAUUGUGCAACAGCUGCAAAACCACCCAAAUAAUAAGCCAGAAAACCUCUACGAGAUUGUUUGGAUUCCAAUUGCAAACUGCAUUCCUUGGUCAGAAGUUGAAGAGGUGUCAUUUAAUAAUAUAAUUGACAUAUGGCCAUGGUCUUCCGUAUAUAAACCUUCAUUGCUCAGCUUUUCAGUGUUGAAAUUUAUUCGUGAAGUGUGGCAUUUUCACGAUGAUCCAGUAAUGGUGGUUUUAGAUUCGAAAGGAAGAGUUAUAUCUCUGAAUGCCAUUGAUAUGGUAGUAAUAUGGGGUGAUUUGGCUUAUCCUUUUUCAAUUAUACGAGAAAGGGAACUAUGGGAAGGAGAAAGUUGGACAUUUGGAAUUCUGCUUAAUGGGAUUGACCCCCUCCUAUCCUACUGGAUAGAGGAUGGAAGAACCAUUUUGCUUUAUGGAAGCCAUGAUAUUGGGUGGGUACGAGAAUUCACGAACAAGGUGAAAGUCAUCGAAGAGGCUGGGUUGUCCUUAGAGUUAAUAUAUAUAGGAAGCAACAAUCUCGAACAAUCAAAAGAAGUUUUGGCAACUGUAACCACAGAAAGGCUUAGCAGGAAUGAUACUGAAGUAACCAAUUAGAAGACUUCAGCCUUGAAUGUUGUAUAAGCUGAGGUCAACCCAACAAGAGCAGACGAACUUUGAAAUAUUGCACAUUGUGCUCUGGGAGUAUUCUCCCUCUUUUCAGAAGCAUAAGUGGUCUCUGAGUUCCCCAGAAGGUGCAGGUCCAAAUUUUUUAUAUCAGGUAUUGUUCUUUUUUCCUUCUACUAUUCUGCUCUUCGAGAAGUUGUAUAUAAGAUUAAUCUUCUGAUUUAUAUAUAUAGAUGUCAACUAGGAAACUUUCACAGAUUGAUUUACUAAGUUUUCAUUUCUCUAAAUAAUUGUCUCUAGUAUUUUUAAUGUUUUCUGAAAUAGCAUCUCCGAUCCCAUUACAUUGUCCAUUUCAAUGCUCAUUAAGCUUUUGUCUAUGAACUAGCCACGUUCCCAUUAACUCUGUGUCAUAAAGAUAUAUCUUGCUGCAGAAAUAACUGGUGUGUUUAAAUUUUUGUAGCGGGGAAUCUGAAAGCAGUGAGCUAAAAAUGGUUUAGAAGUUUCUGUCAAUCAAGUUUCGAGUAGAUUGAUUAACUCAGUGAAUUUUCAAUUUCUUUUUCUAACAAUCAAGUGCAAUGGAUGUUUUUGAAACUUUCUUGUGAAUGGUGCUCUGAUAGAUUCUGUACGAUUAUAAACUGAAGUAUGCUUUGUCUGCAACACUAAAUUGUCCCAUCAACCCAUAACCUAGUUGUCUGUGUGAGAAAGAAAUGAUGAGAGUAAAUAUUUUCCUGCGUAUCACUAUGGCAUGAUAGGGAAAGCGAAAAUUCAGUAUAGAUUGGAAUAACUUACCCCACUAUGAGGCAAAGCCUUUCAUGCUUUUUAUUUCUCUGGUGUACUUUCUUUGAGUAAAGCUUCACACUUUUUUCCAUUUUUAUUAACACGAAGCUAAGAAACUAUCAAGGUUACUGAGCAAAUAAUCUAUGGGUAUGAAGAGAGAUUCAAAAAAGGUGAUCUAUCUAGAUAUGAAUAAAGUGUUUCUAUGGUAAUGGAGAGAAAUUAAGAAAGCUGAACUAUCUAGAUGUGGAAGUGCUAUAGAUAUAAAUUAGCGUUACUGAAAAUGCAGGUUUUGUACCUAUCGCUUUAUGUUCUAUUUUAUUACCACAUAUUUUUCUAGCUCUGGGAAGACAUUUUUCCCAUUAGUUUUCAAACUCCCAUGCGAAUCUCAUGGCUCUAAAUUUGACAUUCGCCAAGAACAUUUUCACAAGAUUCCCACGCGAGUUUAGAAACUAACAGGAAAAUAAUUGUGACCAAAGGGCUAAGCAAUAUGCGUGCCAAUAAAAUAGACAGCGGUGAUAUUAGCUACACACCCAUAGUAUAGGGGGUGCAUCUGCAAGUAACUCUGCAAAUUAUACCGUAAUA